CUCACUCUCUUGAUCUCCUCCUGUUGUGUUUGUAGCUCCAUCUCCGCCUCGUCCAGGACCUCCACCUGCAGACCCCUUUGAAGGAUUCACAGUUUUGGAUCUCAGGUGGUUUCUGCCGGACCUCCAGAAGACUUUCCGAGAUGCCGCUGUCUCGCUCCCUGUCCAUGACGUCCCUGAGCGGGCUGCUGCCGUCCUGGGAGGAGGACGAUCUUCCCGUGGAGAACCUGCUGCUGUUCGAGGUGUCCUGGGAGGUCACCAACAAAGGUAGAGAUGAUUCAUGUCUAAAGAAACUUCCAGUUUGAGCUCAGAUCAGGAGGUGUCCUGCAAAAUAAGAGAGCAGCGACCGCAGUUACAAACUUUCUCUGAUUGACAUAAAACAACCGACAAACAAUUCAACACAAGUCACUUCAUCAGAGGUGAUCGACGUGAAAACAGACUUUACAUGUUUGAACAUCUGUGUAAAAAUAAAAAGAUAUUUGGUAAAACUUUGCCCCUCAGAGAGUCAACAUUGAAAUCCAGUCUGCUCCCUCUGAAGAGCUAAACAUUAAACCUAAGAUAAGUGAGGACGCGCUGCUGCUGCUGCUGAAAAACUGAUUUGAAAGGGAAAAUAGGAAAAAUAUAAAAACAUAAAAAUAGAAAAAUUAGGGAAAAGAAAAAAUAUGAAAUACAUGAAAUAUAUCAAAAAUAUUAAAAAUACAAAAAAUAUGAAAAACAUAAAAAUGUGAAAAGUAUAAAAAGUUAAAAAAUAUAUAAAAAAAAAAAAAUAAUGUUUAAAAAUAUGAAUGAUACAAAAAAUGUAAAACUAUUCAUAUUUUAAUUAAAAAAUGGAAAAUAUAAAAAAUAUUUAAAAAAUAUCAAAAAUAAUAAGAAAAACAUAACAACAUGAGAAAUAUAAAAAAAUAUAAAAAAAUAUUUAAAAAACAAAGAUUAAAAAAUGAAAAAUAUAAAAAUUACAAAAUGUAUAAAAAAUUUAAAAAUGAUAAAGCAUGUAAAAAAAUAUUUAAAAAAUAUCAAAAAUAAUAAGAAAAACAUAACAACAUGAGAAAUAUAAAAAAUAUUUAAAAAACAUAAAGAUUAAAAAAUGAAAAAUAUAAAAAUUACAAAAUGUAUAAAAAAUUUAAAAAUGAUAAAGCAUGUAAAAAAAUAUUUAAAAAAUAUGUAACUUAUAUAUAAAAAUAUAAAAACAUAUACACUGAUUGUAGUUUUGAUAUCAGCAGCAUGUUUGUAAAAGUACAUCCAGGUUCUCAUUGUUCCUUAGACCUUAGUGAACCCCAAAACUGAGGAUGCAGCAUCUAUGAUUUUCAGUUCUUCGUUGAGGCGAUGGUGUAAUUAAGUCAGUUUGUCCUUUUUAAAGGAAUGUAAGAUUUUGAUCCAUUAGACCUCAGAACGGUUCUCCUCUUUCCCUCAGUCCACCUUAAACGAACCCGGGUCCAGAGAAGUCUCUGGUGUUCUCUCUGGUCUCCUCUUUCCUGGUUCGUUUUGAACCUCAUUAGCAGACGCAGUGAUAAACUGUGUUCACAGUCGGUGGUUUUUGAAGUGAUAAUGAGUCCAUGUGGUGACUUCCACUCCAGAGUCCUGUCUGUUUUUAACACCCUGAAGAUCAGGACCAGUCCGGGUUUUGGUGAAGCUUUGAGUACUCUGCAGCUCUGACAUGUGCUCGUGUUUGUAUGAAUCAGUGUGUGUGUGUGUGUGUGUGUGUGUGUGUUUACGAUGGUGACAGGGCUGCAGUCAUGUGUUUGAAACAGCAGGUAAAGGGUUAAUUCACGUAUUUCAGACUCAUCAAAAAUGAGGAAGAGGAGGAGUAAUUGGAGCACGUGUGCAGAGAUGAAGCUGACAGCGUUCAGGUCGAUCUCUGAGAGUUUCUGCGUUUCUCUGCAGCCUGAUGUGUUUUUAUUUUCACCGGGUUCAGAGGUCGUCGCUCGUUCUGCUGUUUCCUCGGCUCUUAUAUAACCCGAGCGGCGCUGUGACGCGGUUCAGACGUCAGUGCGAGCUCACUGAGUGUUUCUGCUCCGUCACGUCAAUAUUUGUCUGUUUGUUGACAGACGGAGGAAACAGAUCCACGUGUUUGGACCUGAACAGGAUAGAAACUCCACCUCAGUCAUCUCACUGUGAUUCUGUUUGACCUUUGACCUCCAGAAGGAUGUAAAUAAAUGUAGUAAAAUAUGAAAGUCGUUAAGGCGGAUCUGAACCGGACUCUCCUGUGUUUGGACCCACAGUGGGAGGAAUCUACACGGUGAUCCAGACCAAAGCCAAGACCACGGUGGACGAGUGGGGGGAGAACUUCUUCAUGAUGGGACCGUACUUCGACCACAACUUCAAGACGCAGGUGGAGGGCUGCGAGCCGCCGCACCCCGCCGUCAGGAAGGCCAUGGACGCCCUCAUCAACAACGGCUGCCAGGUGAGUCGGAGCGGUCGGGGGACGGGUUCUGGACUAAACCCUCGACCCCGUAAACAAGAGUCUUUAAAAUAACAUAGAAAUAGACCGGGUAGAUCAAGUCCACCUUAAAGGGGUUCAGGUCCAGAGGAGUCCCGGUGGUUCUGGAUCCUGGUUCUGGUCUUUGUCCCUCAAACAGGAAGUUUGUGACUUAAACAUGUUUUAAAUAAUUUGAAUGUCUUAUAAAUUUAAUUUUAUUUACAGUUUUUUUUUCAGUCCCUAACAAUAAUUUACUCAAACUUCAGAUCCUGUUUCUGAACUCGUCACACAGACUCACUCCUACAAAAACACAAUAAAUUCAUCAUUUUCUUCUUUUAAAAAACACAUUUAGUUAAAUAUUCACUAACUCUUCAUUUCAAAAUCAAACUCAUCUUUCUCUGCUCACACUAACUUCACAAAAACUCUGGAAAUCUGAGUCUAAAUGAAGAAAAACUCUCGUUUUCACUUCAUAAGGUCCAUGCUGUCAAUCAAAGUUCACCAGGUUCAAAAUACUGAUUAUUACUGACAUGAUAAAAAAAACUACAGAGACUCUAAUGUUUCAGUUUGACAGGAAAAACAUGAAAUUCACUGUUUUUACACUAAAUUUCUUGGUUGGGAACUUUGUGUCCACAUGUAAUGUUCACAUUCAGAAACAUUUCCUUUACUGUUUACUACAGGAGGUUCAGUAGAAAUACUGUUUACAAUAUGAUAGAACAGAAAAAGGUUUACAGUAGUGCUGACAGUCAACAAAAUAUCCAUGAAACACACGAGAGCAUCUGAACAAAAAAAAUAAAUAAAAUAAAAAUAAGAAUAACAGCAAAAAGUCCAUCUGUCUGCGAUCUUCACAUGUUUUCAUUAAAAUCAGAUCUGAGAUAAAACCGUUUGGUGUGUCAGAUCCACCGUUGGUUAUCAUCGACUGUGACGUCCCUGCAGCCAGCAUCCAUGGCUUUAAGGAGGAAUGUCUGGUCAUGUGACUGAAGGUCAUAAAACCUUCAACCUCCAUGCAGAGAAGAACUCUAUAUGAAAUCAGCUGUUUUAGCACCGAUUUACCAAAGAUAAAUCAACUGUGUGUCGGUGAUUCAGUCGUUUGUUUAUCAUCAGCUCAGAUUUAUUGAGGUUUUUAUUCUGUAGCGAAGGUUUGGAGUAUUGUCUUUGUGAGUUAACAUUCAUAAAUAAAACUAAAACAAUCAUCAUUUUGUUUGACGUGUUGCUCGUCUGUUAAGAAAUUGUAAGUACUGUAGAAAUGUGACUUCACUGACUUCACUGUGAACGGUAAAAAGUCCGAUGCUGGACUAACUGUGUUCAGAGUUUAGAAACUGUUCAGACAAAAGUUUGUUAGUGACUGAAAAAAACUGUCUCUGUCUGAACCGUCUCUACUGCAGGAAGUUAACGCUCACCUCUGACCACUUGGUGGCGCCACUUCACCAGACUGUGUAGAUAUGUUGGAGGCUGUAGAUGGUGUCUGGACUAAAACCUGCACCAUCAUGAGCCCCACCAGAAACCGGGUCACUGAAGAACCUCUGACUCUGUUCUUCAGGGUCUCUCUCUUCUUUGUUGAACUUUAGUUUCAUCGUCUCGUCUGCGAAAUAACCACGAGUUCAUCUGUCUUUGUGUUAAAUCAGCUGUUUAAUCAAUAAAUGGUAAAAUUAUAACUCAACAACAACCUCGGACUGGACGUCUGAUCGUAGUAGAAGUGCGUCAAAAACACCUCACACCUAAAACUCAGGUCAGCGUCGUCACUCCAGUUAUGAAGUUGAUGUGGAACUGUGUCUCUGCUCCACGAUGGAGAAAUAUACAAAUAUUCUAAAGUUAGUUCAGUAUGUGUAAAAUGUUGAUGUGAAAUCAGUAAGAAAAUAAAUCAGUGAAAUAAAGUAUAAAAAAUCAAUAAUGUAUUGAUGAAGCAGAUUUGGAUGAUUUACGUGUCGUCUCCUCUGAACGUGUUUUUUCCUCUUGUUCAGAAUUUAAUCCGAACUUUUUCCCGUUUUCUGUCGAUGUGACGCUGCAGGUUCAUUUCGGUCGCUGGCUGAUUGAAGGAAGUCCGUACGUGAUCCUCUUCGAUGUGGGCUCUGCAGCCUGGAACCUGGACCGCUGGAAGGGGGACCUGUGGCAGACCUGCAACAUCGGCCUGCCGUUCAACGACCGCGAAGCCAACGAUUCGCUGAUCCUGGGCUCCCUGAUCGCCUGGUUCUUCAAAGAGGUGUGGCCUUCACAGCUGUCAAUCAUCCUGACUUCCUCCAUCGAUCGAUCGUCUCUCACUGCCUCUCAUCUUUGGGUUUCAGCUGACCGACCAGCUGGAGGACAAACAAAACGUCAUCGCUCAUUUCCACGAGUGGCAGGCGGGUCCGGGUCUGAUUCUCUCCCGCUCUCGUAAAAUCCCCAUGGCGACCAUCUUCACCACACACGCCACCCUGCUGGGACGAUACCUGUGCGCUGGGAGCGUGGACUUCUACAACAACCUGGAGAAGGUGAGAGAACGGCACACCUGAGAACUCUCACCUCAGAUCUUUCUGAAUGAACAAACAUCGUUUUCCUUUUACGACUCACCUGUCCUCGUCUCAGUUUACCUGUAGACACUAAACUCAGGUGUGAACACUGACUUCCUUUAGCAUCAGGUGGGAACAGGAAACAGGAAACACCUGCAGAGUGAAACUUGGACAAACUUCUCAUCAUCGUAAACACAUGUUCACGUUUCUGCUCCUUCAUUAUCGUCUCAAAGGUUCACGACAAACAUCUACAGCUUUUACAUCCACUUAGAGCGUCGUUAGUGUGUGUGUGUGUGUGUGUGUGUGUGUGUGUGUGUGCAGAGGUCAGUGUGCGCGCUGUAAUUGGCUCCACAGUCACGUCCUAAAGGUCAGCUAAAGGCCGCUGAAUAAUUGACGGAGAAGAUGUUUGUUACCUGUGGAGGAACUUUACCUGAGUGAUCGAUAAAAACACAUCAUUAUGAAUUUUCAGAUUUAUGACCUGUGACACAAACACAGACACGAACACAGACACAAACGAUCACACAAACACACUCACACAGACACAGACACGGAUACAAACACAGACACAAAAACAGACACAAAAACAGACACAAACACAGACACAGAAAAAAAAAGGAGAGCAAGACGCUGUUUUUUUUUUCUGCAUCAUCACUGCGAGGACCUGAGGUGACGCUCCACUUUGUUUGAAGGUCGACCCGUUUUGUAUUUUGUCUUUAUUGAACAUUUGAAUCCACAAAAAAUCAUAUUAACAUUUUAAAGAUAAAAUAAAGUCCCAAGAAAUAAGAAUAUAAAUUCACACGAGACAAAAACAUGUACUUUCUGGUAUAUUUGCUUUAUUUUGAAAAGCUUCAAAUAACUUCCUGAGUCCUGAGUCCUCUCAGUCAAGACAGUGUGUGUGUGUGUGUGUGUGUGUGUGUGUGUGUGUCACAGUUCAACAUCGACAAAGAGGCCGGUGAGAGGCAGAUCUACCACCGUUACUGUCUGGAGAGGGCGGCGGUCCACUGCGCUCACGUCUUCACCACCGUCUCUCAGAUCACCGCCGUGGAAGCCAAUCACAUGCUGCACAGGAACCCAGGUGGGGGACGCUUUUCACCGUCGCACCCGGACCCGAGUCCCCCUUUAGGACAAACUGAGCUCUGAUUGGUCUGUUGUUCUCACAGAUGUCGUGACUCCAAACGGGCUGAACGUGAAGAAGUUCUCAGCGGUCCACGAGUUUCAGAACCUCCACGCCACCAGCAAAGCCCGGAUCCAGGAGUUCGUCCGAGGUCACUUCUACGGGUGGGUGACACACACACACACACACACACACACACACACACACACUCACAGUUAGUAAUAAUAAUGCAUCAAAGUCAAUGUUGUUACUAAUAUUUGACAUUUCUAAGAGUGUGAUAGCAUGAAAAAAAUCUCCAGCCUCUGAUCAUUUUUAAAAUAAAAAUCAGUCAUUUUGAGUUUUUUUUCAUCAGAUCAGUGACAUCACCUCUAAAACUGACAUUUAAAGUAGGCCUGAACGAUAUAUCGUUUGACUAUCGUCAUCGCGAUGUACGUGUGUGCGAUAGUCACAUCGCAGAGCCUGCGAUAUUGGAGGUGAAUGAACUUAUUUAAUUUCAAGAGUAACUGACUGAGAUACACUCCAUGUGACUCUGCAUGUGCUGUGCAGCGAUCUACCAAUCGCCUUCGUCCUUAACUCAGUUGCCAAUCAGACUCACUUCUCAGUUGCCAAUCAGACUACCCUGCCAGCUGUCAAUCAAAAUCAGAGAGGAGGAAACCCACCCCUGCACAUGUUCUGCACAUGGAGGGAGACGUGUGUCCGCUGAGAAUUACUUUCGGAACUUUACUCAUGACUAUUAAGCCCAACAAAUAAGAACUGUAUGGGUUUUAAAUUGUACAUUUCCGUGGACCACUCUACUAUAAGCAGUGCGCGUUUUGCGAGGUGCAUGCAAUUCUCGGAGGACAUGCGUUUCUCGGCACAACACCGCUAACAACAACAACAACGAUCGCAAAAUGAACAACGAACAAGCGAAAACCACCGAAAAUGAAGAUUUGUUGCCAAAAAGAAAAGGAAAGUCAGUUAUCUGGAAUUAUUUCGGUUAAAAGAAGGAUGAUGUCGACCAAAACACGUCUUCUGUGUUCAUCUGUUUCCACAAUAAAGUCCCAGCACAAUAAAAGCUGAAAAUAUCUCUGAGACAGACAGAAGCCGUUCUACUAACAUUCACAAAGAUGUAAGAUCAGAGCAGAUUAACUGUCCUCAAGAUUUCUGCAGUGCAGCAUAACAUUAAGUGCUAUUCAGGUCAUCUGGUGAAAAUUCCUGUAUUUUUAAUAUCGCAAUAUAUAUCGCAGGGUUGAAAAAAUCGCAAUAUUAUUUUUUUCCAAUAUCGUGCAGCCUUAAUUUAAAGGGUUAAAAUCAAUAACUAUUUCUAAAAAUUCAGUUAUUUUCAUCAGGACUGAGUUUGAUAAAAAGAUCUGAGAGAAAUAAAAAUGAAAAAUAUCUCCCUGAUUUGUUUUUAUAGCAGUUAAAGUUAGUGGACAAAAACAGCCAGAAGAGGAGGAAAGGGUGUCAAAUUUCAAGUCUGAUUCUGUGCAGAAAAUAAUAAUGCAUCAAAGUCAAUGUUGUUACUAAUAUUUGACAAAUCCAAGAGUGUGAUAGCAUGAAAAAAAUCUAGAGCCUCUAAACAUUUUUUACAUUUAAAAUCUUUUUUUUUGUGUAUUUUUUUUUUUCAUCAAAUCAGCGACAUCACCUCUGAAACUGGCAUUUAAAGGGUCAAAAUCCAUGAUGAUAAUUUUUUUGUAUUGUUUUGAAAAGGACUGAUCUUGAUGAAGAGAUCUGAGAAAAAACAAGUUUAAAAAAAUCUCUCUGAUCUGUUUUUACAGCAGCUAAAGUUGGUGGACAGAAACAGCUGUAAGAGGACGACAGGGUGUAAAAUUAGAAAUGUUCCUCCUGAGUUUGAGGAUUUUGACGUUUUCAAACCCGACUGUGUUUUUUUUUUUUUUGUUCCCCUCCUGCAGCCAUCUUGACUUUAACCUGGAGAAGACGCUCUUCUUCUUCAUCGCCGGACGCUACGAGUUUUCCAACAAGGGCGCCGAUCUUUUCCUGGAGUCCCUGUCCAGACUCAACUACCUGCUGCGGGUCAGAACCACGAACCUUCUCAUCAGCAGAAAAGAGAUCAAUCAUUUUGAUUUGAGGUAAAAUCAGAUUCAUGAGAAGGUCGAAGUUUGGACAAAGACACGACCUUCAGAAACAAAGAUCAGAGAGAAGGAGGACCAUGGCGGCCUCCACAUCCACGUCUGGAUCGUAGGGUUCCUGCAGCUGUUACAGAACAGGGACAGAACCGAUCCUCUUUCUGAUCUGAUUAUUGAUCCUUCAAGACCUUCUGGGCUCCUCACUGAUCCAUGUUUGUGUCCUCAGGUCCACAGACACGAUAUGACCGUCGUAGUUUUCUUCAUCAUGCCGGCUAAAACCAACAACUUCAACGUGGAGUCUCUGAAAGGACAGGCGGUCCGCAAACAGCUCUGGUAGGUCCAGAUCCGGUCCAUGUGAGAGAUCCUGCUCUGAGUAUGUGGACCCCACGAGGUUCUUCAGAACCAGCAGCCCCUGAGUUUUCAGACUAAACCUCCAUCCCCAGGUCUCUUCAGAUGUUAACCCUCGAUUUCCCCUGAAGGUUGAAGUCCUCAGGCGUCUGUUUUUAUUUCUUUAUUUUCGUUGUUUUUAAUCGUUAAACUUUAAUCUUCUGGUUUUCUGAGUGAGCCUCUCAUGAGUUCUGGUCCCUCCUGUUUCUCUAAGUGGUUUUUCUUCUGACCCGUACAGGGACACGGCUCACUCUGUGAAGGAGAAGUUUGGGAAGAACCUGUAUGAAGCUCUGCUGAAGUGAGUAUCCACACCUGCAGGAGAUCAUCAGACCUGCUCUUCUCGCUGGUCUGAAGUGUCUGAACGUUUCUCCUCAGAGGUGAGAUCCCCGACAUGAACUCCAUCCUGGACCGAGACGACUUCACCAUCAUGAAGAGAGCCAUCUACGCCACACAGGUACGAGGACCUGAGAAAAAACUGAACCAGGUUUUCAUGGAGAAGGAAACAGACUUUGUCAUCAGUAACAUCGUAACGGCGGCGUUUAAUUCUUCACCGCUCUGACCGUCCGAAUCAUCUUCAGCUCAGCUGGUGACCGCAGAGACCCGCCGAACUCAGGUCUGACACUGAAAGCAGCUAGACUGGGACUUUUAGGAGCUCCAGGGUCCGUGGACUGGUUUGAGUGGUUUGACUGGUUUAUGAUGGAGUCUUGUGUUUAAUGAAACUCUGAAAAAAACAGGAGUCAGCCCUCUUUUUAUCGUCUCUAUCAGCUCUAUAAAAGAACAAUACCACAUCAUAGAUUACUGUAAAUGAGAAUAAAAUCCACUCCCUUCGUGAGAGCGGAGAUGAUGAACUCAUACCUGCCAACACUCUCACUCUCAGACCUCUCUCCCGCCCUCCUCCCAUAUUGUCAUUCCUCCCUGAAUCUCCUGUAGUUUGAUGGUCCUCCUUCACUCAUGAAUCAGAUCUCUACACUCACCGGCCACUUUAUUAGGUACACCUGUCCAACUGCUCGUUAACACUUAAUUUCUAAUCAGCCAAUCACAUGGCGGCAACUUAGUGCAUUUAGGCAUGUAGACAUGGUCAAGACAAUCUCCUGCAGUUCAAACCGAGCAUCAGUAUGGGGAAGAAAGGUGAUUUGAGUGACUUUGAACGUGGCAUGGUUGUUGGUGCCAGAAGGGCUGGUCUGAGUAUUUCAGAAACUGCUGAUCUACUGGGAUUUUCACGCACAACCAUCUCUAGGGUUUACAGAGAAUGGUCCGAAAAAGAAAAAAUAUCCAGUGAGCAGCAGUUCUGUGGGCGGAAAUGCCUUGUUGAUGCCAGAGGUCAGCGGAGAAUGGCCAGACUGGUUCGAGCUGAUAGAAAGGCAACAGUGACUCAAAUAACCACCCGUUACAACCAAGGUAGGCAGAAGAGCAUCUCUGAACGCACAGUACGUCGAACUUUGAGGCAGAUGGGCUACAGCAGCAGAAGACCACACCGGGUGCCACUCCUUUCAGCUAAGAACAGGAAACUGAGGCUACAAUUUGCACAAGCUCAUCGAAAUUGGACAAUAGAAGAUUGGAAAAACGUUGCCUGGUCUGAUGAGUCUCGAUUUCUGCUGCGACAUUCGGAUGGUAGGGUCAGAAUUUGGCGUCAACAACAUGAAAGCAUGGAUCCAUCCUGCCUUGUAUCAACGGUUCAGGCUGGUGGUGGUGGUGUCAUGGUGUGGGGAAUAUUUUCUUGGCACUCUUUGGGCCCCUUGGUACCAAUUGAGCAUCGUUGCAACGCCACAGCCUACCUGAGUAUUGUUGCUGACCAUGUCCAUCCCUUUAUGACCACAAUGUACCCAACUUCUGAUGGCUACUUUCAGCAGGAUAAUGCGCCAUGUCAUAAAGCUGGAAUCAUCUCAGACUGGUUUCUUGAACAUGACAAUGAGUUCACUGUACUCAAAUGGCCUCCACAGUCACCAGAUCUCAAUCCAAUAGAGCAUCUUUGGGAUGUGGUGGAACGGGAGAUUCGCAUCAUGGAUGUGCAGCCGACAAAUCUGCGGCAACUGUGUGAUGCCAUCAUGUCAAUAUGGACCAAGCUCUCUGAGGAAUGCUUCCAGCACCUUGUUGAAUCUAUGCCACGAAGAAUUGAGGCAGUUCUGAAGGCAAAAGGGGGUCCAACCCGUUACUAGCAUGGUGUACCUAAUAAAGUGGCCGGUGAGUGUAUAUCAGUCCAAAGUUUCCUGAAGAUCGUCGUGUGUUUCUGCUGAUCCUCACAGACUCUGGAUCGAUCCUUUGACUGUUCGGGAUGAUUCAGGUUGAAGCUGUAAACUUUAUUUAAACAGAGUUUGUUGUGAAAUCAACACUUUAAUGAAAGGGAAACAAACCUGAGAUCUAAUAUUUACGUCGAUCGUCUUUCAGCGUCUCAGAGUGAUGCGUUCAGGGCAGCCUCAGAUAACAGAGCGCUGUAUUUCACACACAGACGUUCAGAGAGACUCAAACAGGAGAGAGAGGAUGGAGGACAGAGGAGGACUUUAAUGUUAGAGGACUAAACAAGGUCAGAUCAGAGAUAUUAUCUUUUUAUUUUAUUACCAUUUUUAUCGUUAAAACAAAAAGUGUGCAGCUUCACUUCGACUUAUUUGGAGGAGUAAUUUAAUGACAAAUAAUCUCAUAAUUCACCAGACAAGCUAACCCCAAACUGCCUGUCGCACGCCGCAGGAAUCUCCCAGAUUUUGUCACCCAGAUGUGUCCUUUGACCCCCUGCAGGGUCAGAGUAGUUCCCCCUGAAGCUGAACCAUCUCUCCCGAGUCUCUAAAGUUUGGAUCGCUCCUUUAAUUUGAUUAAAAAUAUCCGCAGAGAGGAAAAGAGAAAAGACCUCACAGAUAAAUCUCUCUCUGUCCUCGCUCUGUUUUUAUGAAUGGAUCCGUCACUGACGGCGAGGCGAUCGAUGGAUCGAUCAGAGCGAUGGGCUCCUCUGCAGAGAUGAAGCUCAUGGGGGGAUUCCCCGAGUAAAAACUGUGAAUGAAGGUCCUGCAGCUGAAUUAGGUCUCAGAGCUCGGGUCAAUACCGCCGCUGUGUCCAGGUGAUCUAUGUCAGAGCGCCGCGCUCAUAAAAAAGCUCUUCUUUUCAAUUAUAUGAAUUUAUGCUAACGUCAAUAAUGGAGGGAAAUGAAGCGUGAGGGUAUCGACUGACGGGGUAUGAGGACUGAGUGGACGGGGUCUUAAUCUGAGCCCUGAUUGGACGAGAGGCUCCUCAGAUGAUUCCUCUCGGGGUCGUUUCUCAUGUUUAUGUCUGCGCUCCUGUGAAAACAUGUUUGUAGAUUUUAUCACCAGGAUGAUCCAUGAUCCUGGUUUUCACCUUCCAUCCCGUCAGAGACACCUGUAGAGACACCAGCUGAGCAGCUCCAUGGACUCCAUAUGUAUCUCCUACAGACCCAGUCCAGACCCAGUCCAGACCCAGUCCAGAACAGGGUUACAAAGGGGAGGAAAAUUCCAGCAAAUUUCCAGAAACUCGCCAUGGGAGUUUUGGAAAUAAUCCAAACUGGAAAUCUGUUUGUUUUAGUUGAGAUUAUAUUACAAGAUAAUUUCACCAACUAUAUUUAAACUCCUGAUGAGGGCCAACCUUCAGUUUUGUACAUUACAGAUUUAUUCCUUUAGUUCCCAUGAAAAGUUUCCAAAUCUGAACAUUCAUGGAAAUUUUGCAACCCUAGUCCAGACCAAGUCCAGACCCAGUCCAGACCAAGUCCAGACCAAGUCCAGACCAAGUCCAGACCCAGUCCAGACCCAGUCCAGCUCUCCUCAGGCUGUUCAGGGUGUUACCUUUUACACAGCCUCAAUGUAAACAAGCCGACAGUCCGGCCUUCAGAGAAAAUAUCUGAGACUGUUAUUACUGUGUCUCUGAGCUUCAUGGAGGUCUUUCUCGAUGAUCAGCUCCAGGUUUCAGGACCAGCUGAGACUCUAAUCCGGCCGGUCCUGGUCUUGGUUUACAAAGGAGUCCUCAGUGAAGCGGCGAGGACCAACAGCUACGAUGUUACUUCCUGCUGUUUUCUGGAGCCUUCGUCUUUAGGGAGAGGA